AUGCCGAAUUAUUUUAGUAGUACUAGAUCGAUUCAUGUGGGUGGGGCCAUAAGCCUCUACGUAGGCAAGCAUGGGGGUGCUAUCGAGGUGCCGAGUGGUGAGAGGGCUACAUCUCAUAAAUCCCACAUCGCCCAGAGGAUCUGGGGAAGUGACCUUCUGGGAAGACAAAGUAGUGAGGGCCAAUUGGGUCCAAAGCUACAAAGUGUUAUUGGAUUAGAGGGGAUGGGAAAAGAAAAUAGUUUUAGUGCUCAACUUAUUCAUCGGAAUUCGCCAGAAUCUCCAUUUUAUAAUAGCUCUGCCACUCCAUCAGAGCUCAUCGAAGAUGCUAUUUUGCGUUCUGUUGACAGAGCCAACGUCUUCCGUUCACCUAUGCAUAUCAAAGAGAAAACAAUUGUGCCAACGCUGAUUCCAGUUGGUAGUGACUAUUUUAUAAGGAUUUAUGUCGGCUCUGAACAAGUUGAAGUUCUUGCUCUUGCAGACACAGGGAGUGAUCUUACAUGGAUAAGAUGUCGUCCCUUUGAUUGGGUUGCGUCGUUUAAUCCACACAAAUCCACUACUUAUAAACCCAUCUUUCAUGACUCAUCUAUUUGCAGGUAUGUACCCAAAUGGAGGAACGCACCCCAUUGUAUGUACAACUAUACUUACCUAGAUGGAUCAUAUUCAUUAGGAUUGUUGAGCAAUGAAACUUUCUACUUAAAUGACACUACUAUCAAUGGUAGAGCUAAUUCUUUUCCUCGAUUAGUGUUUGGGUGUGGUCACAAAACUCACUUGCCUUUUAAGAGUAAAGAUACUCAAGGUAUCGUUGGCCUUGGUGGAGGGCCACUGUCAUUAGUUUCUCAAUUAAAAUCCCAAAAUAUUGAAGAAAGAUUCUCCUACUGCUUGCUUCCUUGGCGAAAGCUAAUUAGUAAUAAGAUUAAAUUUGGAGCGGGAGCAAAGAUCACUGGUCCAGGAAUUGUUUCAUCUAAACUAGUAACCAAAGAUCCUUCUACCUAUUACCUCCUCAGCCUUAAAAGUAUCAGCAUUGGAAGUAAUGAAACAGGAAUAAGUCAAAUCCCUGGUAAUAUCAUAAUCGAUUCUGGAACAUCCAUUACUAGGUUGCAGUCAAGUUUCUACAAUGAUUUAGAAGCUAUCGUCAAAGAAGUUAUUGGUGUAGAGCCAAUAUCAAAUCCACCAAAAAAUUUAAAAUUGUGCUAUGAAUCAAGCUCCGUUACAGAUAUUUCUUUUCCAGAAAUGCUAUUUCAUUUUGAUGGUGCAGAUCUUCGGUUAUUACCCUUAAACACAUUUGUGGAAUAUAAAGAUUUACAAUGUAUGAUGAUAAUCCCAGAUGAUAACCUUUCGAUUUUUGGAAGUAUGGCACAAGUGAAUUUUGAAAUAGAGUUUGACCUCAAGGAAAAGCAAGUUUUAUUUGCUCCAGCAGAUUGCACCAUGUUUGGGUUGAGAGAGUAG